CUGAUAUUCACAGUGAAUUCAAUUCACUCCUCUCCUUAGAACAAAAGGAAUAUAUAUUGAAAUAUCACAUUCAGAGCCCACCAUCUCACCCCAUGCCAUCCCUCUCUCUCUCUCUCUCUCUCUCUGUGUAUCUCUCAAGGUUUUUCUUGAAGAAAUGAAUGCUGAUUGAUCAGUCCCGUAGUCUUCGCUCUCUCACAUUUAGAUUCAAAGAAAAAAAUAGUUAUUCAUUCUCACAAGUGGCUAAGAAUUUAUCCUAAUCCACCCCACCUCUUUCGGAAUUCACCACGUAUUUAUUGAAUCUCUCUUCUGGAUAUAUUAGUAGAUAUGAAUUUAUCCCUAAAAUUUCUCUCAAGUUCUUUUUUGUUUUUAUUAUUAUUGGCAUCAGCAAGACGUUGUUCUGAUCACAUGGUUAUCCUCAAUUCUUGCUCUUUUUCAUAUUCAGAAUCUUUGAAGUAGUAAAGAUUUCAAGAUUCAACCAAAAAAAAAAAAGUUACAGUUGGAUAAGUAGUUAGUUAUAUUACUUAUACACUGCGAUGGAUUAUUCAAGGGAAAUAGAGGGCAAAAGGGUGCAUGAUCCCUACUGUAACCGGCUUAAUGACAAGAUUUCGAGGUCUCAACGAUGCGUAUGGGUACAUGGGCCGGUUAUCGUGGGGGCCGGGCCUUCCGGUCUAGCUGCGGCAGCUUGUUUGAAAGAAAAAGGUGUACCAAGUCUUCUUUUAGAGAGAUCUAAUUGUAUAGCAUCUUUGUGGCAGCUCAAAACUUAUGAUCGUCUUCGGCUUCAUUUACCUAAGGAAUUCUGUGAGCUUCCUUCGAUGCCAUUCCCGCAAGAAUUUCCAACAUACCCUACUAAACAGCAGUUCAUUCACUACUUGGAAUCAUAUGCAAAAAAGUUUGACAUUAGGCCCGUUUUCAACCAGACAGUUUUGUGUGCAGAGUAUGAUCAGAAUCUUGGGUUUUGGCGAGUACGCUCCGCGGGGCUCAAGGACAAGGAGACCGAGUACGUCUGCCGGUGGCUGAUCGUGGCCACCGGAGAAAAUGCAGCGGAGGUGGUUCCACAGAUUGAAGGAAUGGAAGAAUUUGGUGGGAUUAUAUUGCACACAAGCAGAUAUAAAAGUGGAGAUGUAUUUAAAGGGAAGAAAAUAUUGGUAGUUGGCUGUGGAAAUUCUGGAAUGGAAGUAUGUUUGGAUCUAUGCAAUCAUAACGCUAGCCCUUCUCUUGUGGUCAGAAAUGCAGUGCACAUUCUACCACGAGAGAUGCUGGGGAGAUCAACUUUCGGGCUGUCCAUGUGGUUACUCAAGUGGCUGCCUAUGCGUCUUGUCGACCAGUUCCUAUUAGUCGUGUCCUGGCUUAUACUCGGGGACACAGGACAGUUUGGCCUCGACAGGCCUAAAGUUGGCCCUCUCGAGUUAAAGAACCUAUCAGGGAAAACACCGGUUUUGGACGUCGGAACCCUUGCCAAGAUCAAAAGUGGAGACAUCAAGGUAUGUCAAAGCAUUAAGAGAUUAAGACAUCAAUCUGUGGAAUUUGUAGAUGGAAAAUCAGAAAAUUUUGAUGCAAUUAUCCUAGCAACUGGAUACAAAAGUAAUGUACCAUCUUGGCUAAAGGAAAGAGAGAUGUUUUCAGAGAGAGAUGGGCUACCAAAAAGAUCAUUUCCAAAUGGCUGGAAAGGAGAAUGUGGUCUAUAUGCGGUAGGGUUUACCAAACGCGGCCUUCUUGGUGCAUCAGUAGAUGCCAAGAACAUUGCACAAGAGAUUGAAAUUUGUUGGAAAGCAAAUGCAAAGCAUUUUUGAGCCACCUUAAUUAAUUAAUGUAAUUAUAGCUUAAUUUUGAUUUGUUCUUAUUUUUAUUAGUUAAAUGUUAUAAGUUUGACUAGCUAGAAAGAAGCAACACUGAUUAAUGGAGAACUUUUUGUUUGGUACCAUUGGCACCAAAGUUGGUACCAAUAAGAAACUCCACCAAUUGAGGGAAGAGGUGUGGAAAAAAAAAAAUUAAAUUAAAAAGUAGUACGUAUAAGACUGACCCCCCAUUUUUGAAUGGAGAUUAGAAUUAGGGUUGGUGGUUUUUAAUUUUGUGGGGGACCUCAAAUGAUGACAUUAGUGUAUACAUCUUGUACAUUGCCCAAAUUUCUCUAAUUAUUAGGUAUAUUUUGUCGAGUUCCGAGUGAAUUCUUGACUAUAUACAUGUAUAUCUGUUCAUCGAACAUCUUAUUCUAUCUAGUAAAGUAAUGUAUGGUACACAUUCGAUCAAGGAUACAAAGCUGGAUGUGGUGUGUGUAUAUACAUAUAUAUAAAGUUGACCGUUCAUGUCUAAUAUUUACAAAGGGAC